UUCAUUAAUGAGAGAACAGGUUGACAGUGUGCAGAUCGAUACCGCCACCGCCUGGUGACUGACAGGACCUGCACCCAGAGUGUGACACAAUAAAGGCUGAGAGCUCAGAGAGUCCGGUUGGAUGAUCCAGUCCUGCGUCCGCGGCACCAUGAGCGAUGCUGGGGGGUUAUUUUAAUGUCAUAUAGAUCCAUUCCCCGCACGUGAGAGCUUUUAUUGGACGCUUCUCCUUCCGGUGGCGGUGGAAUAUCGAUCAGACCCGCCCCGGUCCUCCAGCUCCGGACGCAGUCUCUCCCCCCCCCCUCCCACCCCCGAGUCCGAGGAUGACGGCCAACAGCAGGUACAGGAGCCGCGCGCCCCGGUCAGGUAAGCUCCCGCAGGUAAUUAAUGACCCAGAGCGCGUCACAGAUGGGAUGCUGAGGUAAUUAAUCGAUUAAUGACGGUGCGUUCGUUCCCUCCUCCGGUACCGUCCUGCUGGGUGGAUGCGGCUGUCGGUCCAACCUCACACCGGCUGAUGUCUCCUGGAAUUCGGCUCCAUGACACAGAUGAUGGAGAGGAGAAAGAUUAUGUCGGUUUUGCGACGCUGCCCAACCAGGUGCACAGGAAGUCGGUGAAAAAAGGAUUUGACUUCACCCUCAUGGUGGCAGGUGAGUCCGGUCUGGGUAAAUCCACUCUGGUGAACAGUCUGUUCCUCACUGAUCUGCACAAAGACAGAAAACUGCUCAACGCGGAGGAGCGAAUCAGUCAGACGGUGGAGAUCAUGAAGCACACGGUGGACAUUGAGGAGAAGGGCGUGAAGCUGAAGCUGACCAUCGUGGACACGCCGGGGUUCGGAGACGCCGUCAACAACACUGAGUGCUGGAGGGCCGUCACCGACUACAUCGACCAGCAGUUUGAACACUACUUCAGAGACGAGAGCGGACUCAACAGGAAGAACAUCCAGGACAACCGGGUGCACUGCUGCCUCUACUUCAUACCGCCGUUUGGACACGGGCUUCGUCCCGUUGAUAUAGAGUUCAUGAAGGCCCUGCAGGAUAAAGUUAACGUUGUUCCUCUCAUCGCGAAGGCCGACUGCCUCACUCCCAGUGAGAUAAAGAAACUCAAAGAGCGGCUGAGGGAAGAGAUAGAUAAGUAUGGGAUAAAGAUCUACCAGUUCCCUGACUGCGACUCUGACGAGGACGAGGAGUUCAAGCGGCAGGAUAAAGAGCUGAAGGAGAGCACCCCGUUCGCAGUGAUCGGCAGCAACACCGUGGUUGAAGCCCGGGGUCAGAGAGUGAGAGGGAGGCUCUACCCGUGGGGCAUUGUGGAGGUGGAGAACCCGGCCCACUGCGACUUCGUGAAGCUGAGGACCAUCCUGAUAAGAACCCACAUGCACGACCUGAAGGACAUCACCAGCGACUGCCACUACGAGAACUACAGAGCUCAGUGCAUCCAGACCAUGACCAGUAAGAUGAAUGCAGAUAAGCGGGUAGAGAGCCCGAUCCCGCUGCUGCCGCUGUCCACGCCGGACGAGGAGACGGAGAAACUCAUCAAAAGGAAAGACGAAGAACUGAGGAGGAUGCAGCAGAUGCUUCAGAAGAUGCAGCAGCAGAUGCACGAGCAGGACCUGUGACCCCCCGACCCCCCCGCCGACCUCCUAUCAGCGGCCAUUUAACCCAGAGAUGAACACACAGUAGAGACUUUCCAUAAAACGUUGUCUCUUUAAGGGACGAGGUGAAGAAAUGUUUGACCGGUAGAUGAGCGACAGCAUGCUGCGUAUUUCAACCUGAUUUAAAUGUUUCAUAAAUUUAGCUUUUUUUUAAAAAAUGCAGUCAUUAGCCAAGUGAGUGUAGUUAGGCAAUAGAGAGUAGAUUGCACUUUGUUACCUUUAGAGCAGUGGUUCCCAACCUUCAUCCAUCACUGAGUAAACUGAUUAUAUUCAAUAAACACAGAACAGCUGAUAAACUGAACAAUGAACCCAAACAGUGACUCAAUAACUGCAGGAAGUUUGGGUAAAACCAGAGAUUUGGGUUCAUUUUUAGCAUUUUUUUGAAAUUAAUAUUUCCAUUCAAUAUUCAUCAGAGAAGUUUUUCUGAUAUUUUUAACAUUUUAUACAAAUCUGUCUGUAUUUUGUUUUUAUCUUAUUUUUAAUAAUCAUACAGACUUAAUAAGGCUUCUUUUUUCAUCAAUUCAGUGUUUUCUUCCUGAUAAUUGUUCUAAUACAGCUUAUGUUCAGAGCAACAAAGUUUAGAUAUUAAGUAAAAGUUAUUUUAACUCUUUGUUUGUUGUACAGUUUUAAGUUACACAAACUCAAUUUUGCAAGUUGAAAAACAUUCUUGCUUAAGUAGUACUUUUUUUCACAGUUCAAAUACACAUUUCGAAAUUAAGUAAUUUAGUGUAACUUAAAAUUAUUAAAGGUACUUGAUAAAGAAUAUUUUAUUUUUUUAACUUGCAAAAUUGAGUUUGUGUAACUUAAAAUUGUCUACGUAAACAGUUUUGUGAGUUAAAUGAACUUAUCUGGUUUUACAGUGUAAUAUAAACUGUAAAACAGUUUAAUUUAGUUUUCUUCACACAAAUGAAUGAAAUGUAGAGAUAUAUGAAGCCUGUGUAUAUUCUUUAAGUUUUUUAGCACACCUUAAAAUCAAGAAGGCCUUGCGACCCCCCGUGUAAAGCUUUGACGUGCCCUAGCGAGGGUCCCGACCCUCAGGUUGAGAACCACUGCUUUAGAUCACAGUAGAUUUACGAGUUUGUUUUUCUACUUGAAACACUAAAUGAGACAAAUGCACCGACCACAGUUCAUUUAGUACUUUAUGCACUGACUGUGUGAGUGGAGGGAAAGUCGCUGAUGGUUUGAGACCUUUUAAUUCUGAGUGGUUUUAUAACUUUAUUCAUUACAAAGUGCUUCACAAAACACAUAAAAACCGACGAGUAAGGUGCCAUAAAAUGCUUAUUAAAAGGAGAAUUUAAAAGAUGAAAUUAAAAGAAUAAAUAAAGUAAAAGCACAGAUUAUAAUAAGGGUACAGAUCACACAUUUAAAGGUGUGUAGGACUCAGUGGCAUCCAUCUAUAUUUCCUUUCUGAUAAUAGAUCCUCCUCAGUGUUACACAGUGAUUUUAUUUAACAUAAGAAGUAGUAAAUGUCAAUACUACAGCAGCAAUUAUUAAUUAAUAAUAAACCCAAAGGCAGCCACUCAGAACGGGCUCAUCUACAUAUAUCUGUAUUUCUGUCUAUUGCGUGUCGGGUAUAAAUAAAUAAAAUUGACUCGACUGGACAAACCAUCAGAACUCCUUUAAAGUCCAGGUGAAACAGGAAUCAUUACUGAUAGCAACAGUCAGCUUCUUUUAGCUACGAGUCCACCUGGAAACUCCCAUAAAUCACCUCGGUACCGCUGUCGUCAAACUGUCUGUCUCUGAGGUUGUGUUCACUGGGAGGCUGCUGAGCCCCGUUCAGACACAAUGAUUGGAUUCUGAUAUAAAAACACAAAGAAACUGAGUUUUUGAUUGGUUGUUUUUAGCACAAUUUGUUAAAUAUGGGAACAAUAUAACCGAGGAUGUGAUCUUAAAGGAUAAAAAGUUUCCUUUCACCUGGACUUUAACCCUCAGAGCUUCAGUGUGAGUGUGUGCCAUCAGUAAAGCCAUGUUAACUCUCUUCAGACAAUCUCAUCCUUAUGUAAAACCUUUAAACAUGAAUUAAGCGUUGCAGUGUACAAUCAUAACUGUGAACAUCAAAGAGGGUAAAAUCAUGUAAAAGCAAUCCUCCGUACACUGAUUCAGUCUUCAGAGCACGUGUGUUUGAGUUUGUGUGUAUAAUAUUUAGCAAUCAGUAUUUCUCACUAUGCCAGUAUUUUACACACACCUACGGAGAAACUGUCACAGUUUGAGUAAAAUCCCAAUAAUUUAUUAUCGUUAUAACAAUAAUAAUAACUUUUGUUUGUGUGGCACUUUUACAGAGUGCUUUACAGUAAAACCAGGACACGUAACGGGGUUAAAAUGUGAAAUAAAGUUUUUGUUUCCACCUAAAA